AUGAAAGAACACACAACAAAAAGUUGCAGGCGUCCUUCUUUCUGGUCAUUUUUUUGCUGGACCAAACACAAAUCAAGCAGUAGCAGUACUACUGAUGAUGAUUCCCUACAGAGAGCAUUGAUAGAAAACGACGACGUCAAUUUAUCAUCUCCCAGCACCACCGUCACCUCAAGAAAGCUUGGUUGGAAGGCCGUGCCCUACAUUUUAGGUCGAUCGUCUUUGUCUCUGUCUAUUUUCUUCUUCACUUAUAGAAAUGAAGCGAUUCAAAGAUUGGCAACGUUCGGGUUGAUGGGAAAUUUUAUGGUGUAUUUGGUGAGGGAGUUCCAUAUGGAUCAAGUGGUGGCAACAAAUAUUCUCAAUGUCUGGAAUGGGGCCAGUAACCUUUCUCCUUUAGUUGGAGCCUUCCUUUCCGAUGCUUACCUUGGCAACUAUCUUACCAUUAUCUUGGCUUCUUUAGUAGCUCUCCCCGGCAUGGUAAUAAUCACAUUAACAGCAACAGUGCCACAGCUUAGACCACCACAAUGCAGCCCAACAAUGCAACAAUUGGACCAGUGCGUUGGCUACACAAAAUCCCAACUGUGGAUCUUGCUUAUCGGCCUAUAUUGGUUAGCCUUAGGGACCGGUGGAAUGAGGCCCUGCACUAUUCCAUUUGGAAUUGACCAAUUUGACACCACCAACUCUGAAGGAAGGAAAGCGACAAGCAGUCUUUAUAAUUACUUAUACACCGUUUAUACUCUUGCCUUCUUCUUCGGCCAAACCAUUGUUUAUAUCCAAAACUCAAUUAAUUGGGCAUUAGGUUUUGGGAUACCUACUUUUCUUAUGGUUUGCUCUAUUCUCUUAUUUUUAGCUGGAACCAAAAUAUAUGUGUAUGAAAAGCCUGAGGGAAGCGUUUUCUCUGGAAUUCUUCAAGUUUUUGUAGCGGCUUAUAAGAAAUGCCACCAAGAGGUUCUAACUGAUGCCGAAUUCUUUGAUCCUCCACUUAAAGAAAAUGAUGCGGCCAAGCUGCCACUCUCCACACAGUUAAGGUUCCUUAACAAAGCUGCUUUAAUAGUGGACAAUAAUGAUCAAUAUCUGAAGGUAGAUGAUGAACCUUGUCCAGAUCCAUGGAGGCUAUGUAGCGUCCAACAAGUGGAAGAAGUAAAAUGCUUGAUAAAAAUCAUUCCAAUAUGGGCCUCUUGUAUAAUUUCCUUUGUUGCCAUUACAAUACAAGGAACAUUUACAAUAUCACAAGCCAUGAAAAUGGAUCUCCACCUCGGACCCAAGUUUGAAAUUCCUCCAGGUUCACUCGGUGUUUUAUCAUAUAUAACAAUAGCUAUAUGGGUCCCAUUUUACGACAUCAUUUUACUACCCACCAUUAGAAAAAUCACCAAAAGCGAAGAAGGAAUUUCAUCUCUCCAAAAAAUAGGAAUUGGAAAUGUUUGCUCAAUUUUAUGCAUGGUACUGGCUGGUUUGGUGGAGAGAAAAAGGAGGGCUUUGGCCAUGUCAAACCCUCAACCGGGCGGUAUUGCAACGAUGUCAGGUAUGUGGCUGGCCCCUCAUAUUAUUUUCGUCGGUUUUUUUGAAGUUUUCAGUGCAGUUGGACAGAUUGAGUUUUACAACAACGAAUUUCCUCAUAAAAUGAGAACCGUUGGGAAUUCUCUACUAUAUCUAUCCAUAGCAGGAGCAAGCUAUUUGAGCAAUUUGUUAGUGAAUAUUGUGCACAGCACAACGAAUUGGUUAACCAAUGAUAUAGAUGAUGGAAAAUUGGAUUAUUUUUACUUCCUCAUUGCUGGACUUGGUGCUCUGAAUUUUGUCUACUUUUUGUUAUGUUCUUGGGGAUAUUGUUACAAGACCACUGUGAAAUUUGACACCGAGCAGUGUAAUAUUUCUGUCAAUCAAGCUUGGUUAUGCAAAGAUGAAUGAGCCUUGG